AUGUCCGCCAACGCCAUCCUCUCCAUCCACACAUUUACCCCCACCACGGAAACUUGGUCGUCGGUCCUGGACCCCAUCCGCCAAAACCCCGGCGUCAAGAGUAUCUACUGGGGUAAGGCGCUCGAAGACCCUGAGAAGAACGUUGUCGUUACCCAAUGGUCUUCGCGUGAGGCCCUUGACGCGUUUGCAUCUUCUGAUGCCCUUGCCGCCCUGGCUGGUGUGGCUGCUGGCGGUGCCGUGACCGCUGCUCAUUUGUCGCUCGAAGGCACCCUGGAGACUGCCUUGGACGUCCCAUGCACUGAAUUCGUGACUGCCUAUGGAGUAGAGCCGACGUUCAUCGGCCGUUGUCGCGAGUUCAUCACCAAGGUUGACGCCAGCCAUCUGGAAGGCUAUCACGGUUACGCGUUUGGCGAGGUGGACCAACACAUCGCGAAGGACGCCAAGGGCCAGAAGGCACCUGCCGUCAUCUUGAUUGUCGGUUGGGAUAGCAAGGAAGCUCAUAUUGAAGCCAAGGCCAAGCCCGGGCCAAUUGGAGAAAACAUCCACCUUAUUAGGACAGCCAGAGAAGAUCUCGGCGUGGUGAGUAUCAUGCAGAACCUCUUGAUUGAGACGGUAACCUAUCUAACACUAUCUAGAUCCAUGUCAACCUAG